AUGGCGAAGCUGCGGGACUGCCUGCCCCGCCUGAUGGUCACGAUCCGGUCCCUGCUCUUCUGGUGCCUGGUCUACUUCUACUGUGGGCUCUGCGCCUCCAUCUACCUGCUCAAACUUUUGUGGAGCAUCUGCAAGGGACCCACGCAGACCUUCCGGCGGGUCGCUCGGGAACACCCCCCCGCGUGCUUGAACGACCCCUCUCUGGGUACCCACUGCUACGUGCGGAUCAAGGAUUCGGGGUUAAGAUUUCAUUAUGUUGCUACUGGAGAAAGAGGCAAACCACUUAUGCUGCUGCUUCAUGGAUUUCCAGAAUUCUGGUAUUCUUGGCGUCACCAACUAAGGGAAUUUAAAAGUGAAUAUAGAGUUGUAGCACUGGAUUUGAGAGGCUAUGGAGAAACAGAUGCUCCUGUUCAUCGAGAGAAUUAUAAAUUGGACUGUCUAAUUACAGACAUAAAGGAUAUUUUAGACUCAUUAGGGUAUAGCAAAUGUGUUCUUAUUGGCCAUGACUGGGGAGGCAUGAUUGCUUGGCUGAUUGCCAUCUGUUAUCCAGAAAUGGUGAUGAAGCUUAUUGUUAUUAACUUCCCUCAUCCAAAUGUAUUUACAGAAUAUAUUUUACGACACCCGGCCCAGCUGUUCAAAUCCAGCUAUUAUUACUUCUUCCAGAUACCAUGGUUCCCAGAGUUUAUGUUCUCCAUAAAUGAUUUCAAAGCUUUGAAACAUCUGUUUACUAGUCACAGCACUGGCAUUGGAAGAAAAGGAUGUCGACUAACAACAGAAGAUCUUGAAGCUUACAUUUAUGUUUUUUCUCAGCCUGGAGCAUUAAGUGGUCCAAUUAACCAUUACCGAAAUAUCUUCAGCUGCCUGCCUCUCAAACAUCACAUGGUGAUCACUCCAACACUGCUGCUGUGGGGAGAGAAAGACGCAUUUAUGGAGGUUGAGAUGGCUGAAGUCACAAAGAUUUAUGUUAAAAACUAUUUCAGGCUAACUAUUUUAUCAGAAACCAGUCAUUGGCUCCAGCAAGAACAACCUGACAUAGUGAACAAAUUGAUAUGGACAUUUCUAAAAGAAGAAACACGAAGAAAAGAUUGA